GGGCGGGGCCUGCGGGCUCCGGGCUCCCAACCCCGCGCUGCCCGCGGGACUUCACACCGUCUGCGGCUCCGCGCAGCCCGCGCGCUCCAGCCAGAAUACUGGGAUCUUCAAUGGCAGGAGACAGAGUGAUCAGAAGACCGAGAUGAAUUUUAACACUAUUCUAGAAGAGAUUCUUAUUAAAAGAUCACAACAGAAAAAGAAGACAUCACCCUUAAACUAUAAAGAGAGACUUUUUGUGCUAACAAAGUCCAUGUUAACCUACUAUGAAGGUCGACCAGAGAAAAAAUACAGAAAGGGAUUUAUUGAUGUUGCAAAAAUCAAGUGUGUGGAAAUAGUGAAGAAUGAUGAGGGUGUUGUCCCCUGCCAAAAUAAAUAUCCAUUUCAGGUUGUUCAUGAUGCUAACACACUUUACAUUUUUGCACCUAGUGCGCAAAGCAGGGACCGGUGGGUGAAGAAGUUAAAAGAAGAAAUAAAGAACAACAAUAAUAUCAUGAUUAAAUAUCAUCCUAAAUUUUGGGCAGAUGGAAGUUAUCAGUGUUGCCGACAAACUGAAAAAUUAGCACCUGGAUGCGAAAAAUAUAACCUUUUUGAGAGUAGUAUAAAAAAAGCACUACCUCCAGCACCAGAAACAAAGAAGCGAAGGCCUCCCCCACCAAUUCCACCUGAAGAAGAAGACAAUAGUGAAGAAAUCGUUGUAGCCAUGUAUGAUUUCCAAGCAACGGAGGCGCAUGAUCUCAGAUUAGAGAGAGGCCAAGAAUAUAUUAUAUUAGAAAAGAAUGAUGUUCAUUGGUGGAAAGCAAGAGAUAAAUACGGGUGUGAAGGAUAUAUCCCAAGUAACUAUGUAACAGGAAAGAAAUCAAACAACUUAGACCAAUAUGAGUGGUACUGCAGAAACACAAACAGAAGCAAAGCAGAGCAGCUCCUCAGAAGUGAGGAUAAAGAAGGUGGUUUUAUGGUAAGGGAUUCCAGUCAACCAGGCAUGUACACGGUCUCCCUUUAUACAAAGUUUGGAGGCGAGGGCUCGUCAGGUUUCAGGCAUUAUCAUAUAAAGGAAACAACAACUUCCCCCAAGAAGUAUUAUCUGGCAGAAAAACAUGCAUUUGGUUCCAUUCCUGAGAUCAUUGAAUAUCACAAGCACAACGCAGCAGGACUUGUCACAAGACUGCGGUACCCAGUCAGUACGAAGGGGAAAAAUGCUCCAACCACUGCAGGCUUCAGCUAUGAAAAAUGGGAGAUCAAUCCCUCAGAACUGACCUUUAUGAGGGAACUGGGGAGCGGACUGUUUGGAGUGGUGAGGCUGGGCAAGUGGAGGGCUCAGUACAAGGUGGCAAUCAAAGCCAUUAGGGAAGGUGCCAUGUGCGAGGAAGACUUUAUAGAAGAAGCUAAAGUGAUGAUGAAGCUGACACACCCGAAGCUAGUACAGCUGUACGGUGUAUGCACCCAGCAGAAACCGAUUUACAUUGUUACCGAGUUCAUGGAGAGGGGCUGUCUUCUGAAUUUCCUCCGACAGAGACAAGGUCAUUUUAGUCGAGAUGUGCUGCUGAGCAUGUGUCAAGAUGUGUGUGAAGGCAUGGACUACCUGGAGAGAAACAGCUUCAUCCACAGAGAUCUGGCUGCCAGAAAUUGCCUAGUUAAUGAGGCCGGAAUUGUAAAAGUAUCAGAUUUUGGAAUGGCCAGUUUGUGUCAACUUCUUUUUCUGAAGCUUAUUGAAGAGCUGUUUUUAAACCACAUCUUUUGUGAUAUUAGCAAAAUAUUUGUAGUAUCCAUCAUUUUCAUAGGAAGGCUAAUUGAUUUUUCUGCUUUUUAGUGUGUUUUUGAUGGAAGGCAGUAAAAUAAAUUAGAUUAUAUUUGGAAAAGUUUCCUUGCUGAACCGAUCUGUUUUACUGUUAUUGUGAGCUUUUUCCCAGGUGACAAAUUGUUGGGAAAUUAUGACUGCUUUAUGCUUUAUUAUGAGGCAUCAGAUGAUAGUCACAUCAGCUUGUAGAAUCAAUAAACAUGGGGGUGUGGGGGGGUGCCUGGGUGGCUCAGUCAUUAAGCAUCUACCUUCAGCUCAGGUCGUGACCUCAGGGUCCUGGAAUCAAGCCCCGCAUGGGGUCUCUGCUCAGCAGGAAGCCUGCUUCUCCCUCUCCCACUCCCACUCUUGUGUUCACUCUCUUGCUGUGUCUCUCUCUGUCAAAUAAAUAAAUAAAAUCUUAAAAAUCUUAGAAAAAAAAAAGAAUCAAUAAGCAUGGGAGUAAUCUUCAGUGAUGAAGUAUAAAGGAAAUCUUGUUAGCGGUUCUGAAAUAAAUAAAUUCAUUAAAAAACAGAGUAUACAUCGUGAUGUUAGUUAUACUGUCCACUAGGUGGGAGUAUAGCCUGUUAAAGAUUCUAUUUUCAUUUCUCCCUGGCCUGGGUUAGAUUUCUGGAGUCUUUUGUUUUCACAGAAAUGCGUUUAGGGGUAAAGUUCUUAGAAUACCCAGUCUGUUGUGGUUUUAUUCUCUUAAUUUUUGUAAUUUCAAUAGAGUGUUAGAUAAGACCUUUAAAAAGUAUUGUUUGUCCUUUCCCUCCUCUGCGUCCAUCACUCAUCCGUAUGUCCAUCCUUAAAAAUAUGAGGUGCUGGGGUGCCUGGGUGGCUCAGUCGGUUAAGCUUCGGCUUUCGGCUCAGGUCAUGAUCUCAGGUCCUGGAAUUGAGCCCUGAGUCGGGCUCUCUGCUCAGCAGGGAGCCUGCUUCCCCUUCUCUCUCUCUGCCUGCCUUUCUGCCUACUUGUGAUCUCUGUCUGUCAAAUAAAUAAAUAAAAUCUUAAAAAAAAAAAAAAAUGAGGUGCCUACUAUGUACCAGGGUGUUAGGUUGAAUGACAGCAGGAAUAAGGCAUAUGAGCCCCCGCCGUACACAGCUCAUUUUCAGGAAGAGAGAGAGAAAGACCUGAGAGCAUCACAAAGAGAAAAACAAAGUGAUGUGACCGAGAGGCAGUCAGUGUACCAAAGCCUCAGGCCCACAACACUUUUUUUGUUCAGCUUGUGAGCCAACAAUGUUUUCCAAUUUUUUUUUUUCUUUAAGAUUUGAUUUUUUUGAGAGAGAGAGAGAGACAGGGCAACCGAGAUAGCAAGAGAAAGCUCAAAGAGGGAGGAGAGGGAGAAGCCGACUCCCCUCUGAGCAGGGAGCCCAAAGUGGAGCUUGAUCCCGUAACCCUAGAAUCAUGACCUGAGCCAAAGGGUGUCGCUUAACUGAUAAAGCCACCCAAGUGCCCCUGGUUUUCCAAUUUUUAAAUGGUUGGCAAAAAGUAAAAGAAUUUUAGGACACAUGAAAAAUAUCUGAAAUUUGGGGUGCCUGGGUGGCUCAGUUGUUAAGCAUAUGCCUUUGGCUCAGGUCAUGACCCUAGAGUCCCACGAGCGGGCGCCACAUCGGGCUCCCUGCUCAGCAGGGAGCCUGCUUCUCCCCCUCCUGAUCUCCCUUCUCGGUGUCUCUUUCUCUCUGUCAAAUAAAUAAAUAAAAUCUUAAAAAAAAAAUCUGAAGUUCAAAUGUCUGUGUCUGUAAAUACUGGGACACAGCCUCACUCAUGAUGUGUUAUCUAUGGCCACUUUCACACAAUGAAGGCAGAUUUGGACAGUGGUGACAGAGUAUAUGGCCUGAAAAGUAGAUCAUCUUGUCCUUAUUGAUCAUCUCGUCCUUUACAGACAAAGUGUGCUCCCCCUGAGCUAGAGGUCAUGUGGGGUUGGGGAGGUGGGUGGACUCUGAGUGAUGGCACAGACAGGGUGAUGCUCGCUACAUCCGGGGCUCUGGAAGACAUCUUGGAGACUGGGAUAUUUGGAUAGAGACCAGAAAGCCCGAAGCAACCAACGAGGUAGAGAUCUGAGGAUAAAAUAUCCCAGGGGGAAGAAACAGUGGGUAUGAAAGCUUGAAAUAUGGGACAAGCCUGGGUCACCUCAGCACCAGGUCACACAGGCUGGGUUUAGCUUAACAUGAGAGCAGGACUGUUGCCUGUCGGAGCAGAACUUACCCCGUGCUCUUCAUGUGCUUUUUGUGAAGACUUUCCUCUGACAGGCUGUCCUCCCGUUUCCCAUGCUGGAUUUUUACACAUCUGGCUUUCAGAAAAUCUGUGCUUCUGCCUCAGCCCCUCUGGAACACUCAGACCCCCUGACGGACAGGCACGUUGAUCCCACUCACAGUGGCUUGUUCCCAUGCAUCGGGGAAGUUGGUGCGAUUAUAUGGCUGCGUUCUCACAGCUUUUAGAAAUUAGCUUUGGGCGCCUGGGUGGCUCAGUGGGUUAAAGCCUCUGCCUUCGGCUCAGGUCAUGAUUCCAGGCUCUUGGGAUCAAGCCCCACAUCGGGCUCUCCGCUCCUUGGGGAGCCUGCUUUCUCCUCUCUCUCUCUGCCUGCCUCUCUGCCUAUUUGUGAUCUCUGUCUGUCAAAUAAAUAAAUAAAAUCUUAAAAAAAAAAAAUUAGCUUUAUGUGUUCAUAUACUACGUAAGCACAUUCCUCUUGUAAAUACGUAUGGAGCACAUUACAGAAAGGGCCUCAGUCUCCAUCUCUACCUCCCGGAUCCAGGGUCCUCCCCAGAGGUAGUCAAAGUUCUCAGGCUGUGUGUGUCCUUCCAGAAGGACGUAAGUAUGUGUGCAUAGCAAAAAUUACAGAGUAUCGUUUUGAGUGUGUGUGUGCGCGUGCGCACGUGAGGGAGGGAUGUCAUGGUAUAUAAAUCCAUACUCCUCCGUUUACCUCUGUCAUUGUACAAUUUGCUUUUUUCACUUGCUGUGGGUUUAACUUGUACCCCGUGUACUCGUGGGGGCCGAGAGCACAUGUGCCUCCAAACACUCUGCACCACUUCCUUUAGAGCAGCUCUGCUUUAGAUGUUUUACGUGUGGGGCCUUUGGGUUACAUUUUGUUUAAAGAACAGAAUUGCUUACCAAAAAAAAAAACAACAACAAAAA